UGACAGUCUUCCUGAGAAGUAAUCAUCUCAUUUGAACUUUUCUGAGCCCAGUAUAUCACAGGGAUAGGUAUUUAAUAGAGGCUCGAUGGAACCGUCAAACCCUACUCAGCCCAGGAUCCUCCCUCGUGUGAGCUUGGAUAGUGGAAACGGCUUUAAUUAUACGUACUUCUCUCCAGACGAUGACAUCGGCUAUCUCACCGGCGAUGGUGCUCCUGGCCCUAUCCUGGCAUUGAACAAUAUAUCAAACAUUACGUCCCCGACGACCGCGCUCACCAGGAGUAAUUUAACUCAGAGACAAAGGUAUGAACGGCGAGGCCACACGAAGAGUCGACGUGGGUGUUACAACUGCAAGAGGCGACGCAUCAAGUGUCAAGAAACACGUCCUGCCUGCGCGCAUUGUACAAAGACGGGACUGAAGUGUGAAUAUCCAGCAGUACCACAAGUCAUACACCAACCACAGAAUCAGGUCCCGCUAUUCAGUCUACAAGAUAUGCGGUUCUUCCAGCAUUUCUUGCAGACGUGCGUUCCCCAUCAACCCAUAGGGAACGAAGCCAUAUGGACUCAUGAGAUUCCAUGUUUAUCGCAGAAUUACGAGUAUCUCAUGCACGCGAUAUUGGGCUUCGCGGCGUCGAAUCUCAUGUCGCAAGAUCCUAGCCUAGUCACCUUCGCCAUGUCGCAUCGGCUGAAGGCAAUUAGAGCGAUUAAGAAGACGCUGAGCGAAGUCCCGAAAUCGAAUACUUUUGAAGAAGGGAACGCCCUUAUAGCAACCUGCUUCGCGCUAACCUUCCAAUCCGUGGUCCUCGAGGACGGCAUGGCCGAAUUCAUGACCUUCUGCCGCGGAAUAAUCCUAGUCGCGAUCCAGAUGUUUACGCGCAACACCAAAUUCCUCUUCCGCAAUCUUCUCGACAACGAGUCCGCCGCGCUCCUGCGCCCCUUCAUAGAAGCGCUGCCCCCUAUCCGCCGGGACUGGGUCGACAUGGCCGUCUCCAGCGUCCGGGGCUUGGAGCCCUUGUGCGAGCACGAGGAGGUAGAAGCCGAGUACUACCGCCUGCUCCUGGACAUGGCCUCGGCCCUGAGCGACUCGGCCUUCCGCGCCUACGAGCUCCUAUCCAAGCACUACGGAUGGUGGAUGCAGCUGCCGCACGCGCAGUUCCAGCGCCUCGUCGACCCGGAGAACCAGACGUGCACGCUGCUAGCCGCGCACUGGAUCGCCAUCAAGCAGAUCAUGGUCCCCAUCACCGAGACCGAGUACCGGCUAGGCGCACGCGAGCCGCGGCACCAGAAUCACGACCAGGAAGGAGAUAGCAGCAGCAGCAGCAACAAGGACAACGGCAGCAUGAACCUAGGCAUGGUCCGCUGGCUCAGGUAUCUCAACCGCCAGGUCGACGCCGAACACCGGCGCUACAACGACUGGCCCGUGUGGGUCGAGGAGCAGCUCGACAGGGACCCGACCUUCUUCGGGAGGACGCUGUCUUGAAUUCCAGCGGCCUUAUCCAUACUACAAUCCACUAACUACGUGAUCGUGAUCUUCACACAUACCUAUAACAGACAAGCGGUGGGGCGUAAAGAGGAGCAAUUCAUCGCAUCGGCUUACUUGCUUACCCGACCCUAGAAAGACGACGAUAGAUACCUACAUAGCAUCACGACAUCAACCACGUGUGUUUUUUAGGCAGGCAGGCAAAAAGCCAACCCACGCACUUCGUACGAUAACGCCGGCGAUUAGCUCCUUGGCUUCUUCGCCUGACACUUACGGGCCGUCCCUUGAUAGACCGAAGGAGCGGCUAGGAUCCGGCAUUAGACCGGGAGUGCAUUCUGGGAUAUUAAGCCGCCGGCGGCGGUAGUGGUAUGCAAGGACCUAUUUGCAAUAUGUAUGCACCUUAGCUAGCCUCUUAGAUACCUACAUUAGGUAUGCAUGAUAAGAAUCAAGCUCAGGCUUAGACUCCUCUUCUUACCGGUAAUAUAUCUCUACCUAUC